GCAGGGUGCUCUCGUUACCAUGGAUUCAGAAGACGGCAUCAGAGUUAUCGUUGUGGGCGGUGGUUUGAGUGGGCUUUCCGCCGCUCACACGGUGUUGGAGCGCGGUGGCCGCGUCAUACUGCUCGACAAGAACAAUUUUCUCGGUGGCAACUCCACGCGAGCCACGAGUGGUAUUAACGGAGCGGGGACGACGUCUCAGAGGUCGUCGAAGAUAGAGGACAGCCCCGAGCUCUUCUACGAGGACACGGCGCGGUCGGCGAGGGACCUGAUUCAUCCGGAUUUGGUUCGAGUGCUCACGUACAACUCCGCGUCGGCGGUCGAGUGGCUGAAGUCGAAGUUCGAGUUGGACUUGUCGUUGAUAUCGAGGCUGGGGGGGCACUCCGCGCCGAGGACGCACAGGGGGAAGGAGCGCUUCCCUGGGAUGACGAUUACUUACGCGUUGAUGGAGAAGUUGGAGGAGGUGUGCGCGCGCCGGCCCAGUCACGCCAAGGUGCUGACGAAGGCGUGUGUUAACCGUUUGGUUAUGGACUCGGAGGGCAGAGUGAUGGGAGCGGAGUAUUCGACGCCCGAGAGUUCGAAGAACGUGGCGUACGGUCCCGUGAUUUUGGCGACUGGGGGUUAUGCGGCUGACUUUACCGCGACGUCCUUGCUGAAGAAGUACCGUCCGGACAUUUAUCACUUGCCCACGACGAAUGGGGCGUACAGCACGGGAGACGGACACAAGAUGGCGAUGGCGAUAGGUGGGAACGCGAUAGACUUGGAGAAGGUGCAGGUUCACCCGACUGGGCUGGUGAAUCCAAAGGAGAAGGACGCCAAGGUGCUGUUUUUGGCGGCGGAGGCGCUUCGGGGAGUGGGAGGGUUGCUGCUGACGAGUGAUGGACGGAGGUUCUGCGACGAGCUUGGACACAGGGACUACGUGACGGGGAAGAUGUGGGAGCACAACAAGCACCCGUAUCGUCUGAUACUGAACAGCGCGGCGGCUCGUGACAUUGAGUGGCACUGCAAGCACUACAUGGGUCGCGGGUUGAUGAAGCAUCUCGAUUCUGGCGAGGAGGUGGCGAAGGAGAUGGGCAUUUCGCCUUCGGUGUUGGAGGAGACCUUCAAGGAUUACAAUGAGGUGGUUAGGACGAAGAGGUGUCCGUUUGGAAAGAAGUACUUUUCGAGCGCGCCGUGGAGCAUGAGGGACGACUUUUACCUGGCGAUCGUCACGCCCGUGUUGCACUACACGAUGGGUGGGAUAGAGAUAAACGGAGAUGGGGAGGUGCAAGGAGUGAGCGGGUCCAUUCCUGGGUUGUACGCGGCGGGUGAAUUGGCUGGCGGCGUUCACGGUGCGAAUCGCCUUGGCGGGUCGUCUUUGCUGGGCUGCGUGGUUUUCGGGCGGGUGGCGGGUGAUUCGGCUUCGAGUUACCUGCUGGGACAGCUCUACAGUCAGAAGCCGCGCGCGGAGGGGGCGGGAGCCUCUUCGGGCACGAUCAACGUGCAGGUGGAGCCUUCCGCGAACAGGGUGACUUUGAGUUGGGGCGGCGGGACGCGCGGCGCGCCCCGUUCGCCCGAGGGCGCGGCAGGCGCGGCGGGCGCGGCGGGCGCGGCGAGCGGCGAGCAACCGCCGAGUUUGGAGGAGCAGAGCAAAUCGGAGACGUCGAAGGUGUCGCCGGAAUACAAGGAGUACACGUUGGAAGAGGUGGCGAAGCACGCCAGCGAGAAGGAUUGUUGGGUGGUGGUGCAGGGACAGGUGCUGGACGUGACCGAAUUCAUGCACGAGCAUCCAGGCGGCUCGAAGGUGAUCAUGUUGUACGCGGGGAAGGACGCUACGGAGGAGUUUUUGAUGUUACACAAGCCGGACGUGGUGGCGAAGUACGCGCCGAAGACAAUUAUCGGCAAGGUGAAGGACCAGUCUGCGCCCAAAGCGAAGCUUUGAGCUGGGUUGUUUUUUUUUUUUGUGUUUUGCGGCGCAGCAUUUGCCCGUUUGAGGUGGACACGCCAUAGAGUUUAAUAAAUCCGUUUUAGAUGGA